AUGGUGCUUAUUUUGACCUUGUUCAUUGAGGAGGUCAGCAGCGGUCUUAAUCACACCUCAACGGGAGAUUGGACUACAGAGGACCUUGAAACAGUCGAAUAUUCUACAGAAUCACCAUACCUUCUUGGAACAACAAGACGGACAACGAAAAGAAUUAUUGCGACAAGGUAUAGCCGCACAAAAACUUAUACUACAACGAAAACAACAAGAGAACAUAAAACAAGCCGUACCACAACGAAAACAACAAAACAACACAAAACAAGCCGUACUACAAGGAAAACAACAAGAGAAAGUAAAACAAGCACAAAGAAAAAGCCGAUUACUGUACCAUCAUCAACACCUAAUGUAUUUCUACCGAGUACAACAAAAAAAUUGACGUCACCGAGUACAACAAAAAAAUUGACGUCACCGAGUACAGCAAAAAAAUUGACGUCACCGACUACAAGAAAAAAAUUGACUUCACCGAAACCUAAAAAUCGAACUUCGGAGAGGACUGUGAUUCAAAGUACCCCAUUAGUUCAGACCGCUAUAGUUAAAACACUGAAAACCUUCGUCACCGUGAUUAUACAAAAGGUCUCUACACCUGCUCCAUCUCCUCGCAAACGCAGAUCUACCAAAUCCGCUGAAGAUAUGACGCUGGGUCCUCUUAUGUUGCAACAAUUAAACGAACUUCGGGACCGAAGUCGAAUUGCUUUCGAGAAUUCAAGACGAAAACGAAGAGAUUAUAAGGAACAUGAUAUUCGUUACCUUUGGAUCCUGUUCACUCUUCCGAUUAUAGCACUAUUCGCUUAUAUUCUAUCCGUUAUUAUACGAAGAAAAAAAUAUCAUGCAAAAAGAUUCGCGGGCGGGGGAAAGCUAGAGACGGGGAUUCUGGACUGCGGAUCCGGAGUGGCCUACAAGUUACGCUGCGCCUCUAUGUACACAUUCCAUUACACUCAGCCUCCUGUUCAUUGGUUCCAUUUGAAUUUGAACUCACUUUCAAAUGUUAAAUUGAACUUUCAAAGCACACAAAAGUCCCAAUAUAUUGAAUUGGCAGCAACCGAAGAGGCAAGAACUGCCGCAGGAACGUCGGAGAAGGAGAAGAAGAAGAGAAAGAAGAAGAAGAAGAAGGAGAUGAAGAAAAAGAAGAAGAAGAAGAAGAAGAAAGGGGGAGGGGGUCGUUCUCGAGAGGAUCAUGUCCCAUCACCACGCUCGUCCGAGGAGAAAGUGGGCUCAUCUAGGACGCAACCGGCGUUUAAAUCGGAAGUGAAGGUAAUAACAAGUGAAGAAUUGAGGCGGAAGAACUGGACAUACAUCAAAACACCGCUAACACCUGUACGUGAUCAAUUUGAUGCGAAAAAAUUUACGGAUCGUGGUCCACUAGUGCUAACGAAGGAGCUUCAAGGCGAUGUGAAAUUUGCUGACGUAACAUCAUCGAAAGAGAUCACAAAAGUGGAAUUCGAUGAAGGAUUAAAUGAAAUUGUUGGAAUAGGUUCAUGUGUAGAAGUGAUUACUGAGAGUGAGCGAAAACCAUCAAUAAUCGGAGUUCAGCCAACUGCACAAACAAAUAGUGAAAUCGAUAAGCCAGCCACGAAGCCAGCCUCUCAAAAAGCAAAAAUGAAAGAAGUUGGAGAUCUGGAAUUAACGCAGGAUAAAUCAGUAAAGAGUAUGAAAAACAAGCAAAAAACCGGAUCCGAUUCACAGGCGGAUCGCAAAAAUUCCCGGAGAGCUAUUGCACGAACAAUGGGUACGCCGUCAAGCAGAAAAGAAAAUCGGAAAAAUGUUUGA